UUUUCAUUCUAUUCGUCUCACUUAGUCUGAGUUUUAAUAAUUUAUUUUCCAUUUUUCUGUACAGCCAGUCCUCGUCUUGCUGGCCUGCAAUAAUAAUGUCUCUGAUCGGCCGCCUCAAUCUUGGUCGGCGCUUCUGCACCGCCGUGCCAAGAAGAUCGGAAGACAUAAUGUCAAACCCAGAUUGCCGCCCUUCUGAUCUAUGCUUGAGGGUCUCGUACUUGAUCAGAUGCGUUGGGGAUCUCGACACGGCGGCGAAGUACGCUCGUUUGGCUGUUUUCACCAGCAUCAAAUCGGAGUCAACAACAACAAUAUGUCAAUCCAUCAUCGGAGGCAUGUUACGGGAUAAAAGGCUCAAGGACGCUUAUGAUCUCUACGAGUUCUUCUUCAAUCAGCAUAACCUCAGACCCAACAGCCAUUGCUGGAACUACAUCAUCGAAUCUGGUUUCCAACAAGGUCUUGUCAACGAUGCUCUGCAUUUCCACCACCGAUGCAUCAAUUCCGGUCAGGUCCACGACUACCCAAGCGACGAUUCUUUCAGGAUCUUGACUAAAGGGUUAGUCCACUCCGGUCGGUUGGACCAAGCCGAAGCCUUUCUUAGAGGCAGGACAGUCAAUCGAACCACCUACCCAGAUCACGUGGCGUACAACAAUCUGAUUCGCGGGUUUUUGGAUCUUGGAAAUUUUAAAAAGGCGAAUCUAGUCUUGGGCGAAUUCAAACGCUUGUUUUUGAUUGCCCUAUCCGAGACCAAAGAUGAUUUGCACCAUUCAAACUAUGAAAACAGAGUCGCAUUCCUGAUGGCCACAUUCAUGGAGUACUGGUUUAAGCAAGGUAAACAGGUGGAAGCUAUGGAGUGUUACAACCGCUGUGUUCUAUCAAACAGGUUACUGGUUUGUGCCGAAACGGGUAACGCCCUUUUGAAAGUCCUGCUCAAAUACGGUGAAAAAAAAAAUGCUUGGGCAUUGUACCAUGAACUCUUAGAUAAAAAUGGAACCGGUAAGGGUUGCUUGGACUCUGAUACCAUUAAGAUAAUGGUGGACGAGUGCUUUGAUAUGGGUUGGUUUAGUGAGGCUAUGGAGACCUACAAAAAGGCGAGACCCAAGAACGACUACCUCAGUGACAAAUACAUUAUUACAAGGUUUUGCGAAAACAGGAUGUUGUCAGAAGCAGAGUCUGUUUUUGUUGAUUCACUUGCUGAUGAUUUUGGAUAUAUUGAUGUUAACACUUAUAAAACAAUGAUCGAUGCUUAUGUGAAGGCUGGGAGAAUACAUGAUGCUAUAAAAACCUCCAACAAGAUGAUCGAUGCAACUCUAAAGGAGGUCUCCCAUCUCUUUUGACCAUUCCUCGUCACUUGGUGAUCUUUAUUUAAUGUCCCUUUUUAAUAUAUUUUUUAUCAGACAAUAAUAGAUUUUUGUUUGUUUUUAUUGGUCGGCCAAUUUAUCCACUAGAUGAAGACAUAAACGUUUAC